UUAAAAUUAUUAUUAUUAUUAUUAUUCUUACUAUUCUUCUUCGCUCGUUUGUUUGAUCCUUUAUUCUUGAUCGCUUUAUUGUUUAUUUCAUUGUUUGUUGUUGGUGAUAAUAAUUCAUCUCCGCCUUUCUCUUUCUUGACUCUCACGAUAUUUCCUUGUUUAGAGAGAGAAAAAAGAAGAGAGAGAAUCGUGUUGAAGAAAACCCUAGAAUUUGGGGUCUUUAGGUUUGUUUAUUUGUUCGUUUUUUUUUUUUUUUUUUUCUGUUUUGAAUCUCUGCGUCUUGUUCAAUCGAAAUCUUCUUGUGUUCUUCAAUGGAGGCUGGUUCAGAUGGAGAAACUCCGGUGAGGAAUAAUAGUAGUAAUAAUAAUAAUAAUAAUGGUAGUAAUAACAAAAGUUUAGGUAAUUCCAGUGAAGGCCUGGCCAAGCCGAAGCGUCAAAUGAAGACUCCGUAUCAACUUGAAACCCUCGAGAAAGUAUAUGCAGUGGAAACGUACCCGUCGGAGGCCACGCGAGCAGAAUUAUCGGAGAAAUUGGGCUUAUCGGAUCGGCAAUUGCAGAUGUGGUUUUGCCACAGGAGGCUGAAGGACAAGAAGGAGGUUCCAGCGAAGAAACCGCGCAAGGGAAUAGCUCUCCCGCCGCCUGGGUCGCCAGAAGAUGAAUUGCGGGUUGGGCACGAACCCGAUUAUGGUUCCGGGUCGGGUUCGGGGUCGGGUUCUAGCCCGUUCAUGGAGUCAAGGAAGCUGGGGCCAGGUAGUAGCAAUUCUCGGGGUGCUAUGGUGGAUGAAGGGCCAAUUGGGAGGAGGUACUACGAGUCCCCACAGACUAUAAUGGAGCUUAGAGCAAUUGCAUGCGUAGAAGCACAGUUGGGGGAGCCAUUGAGAGAGGAUGGACCAAUUCUUGGAAUGGAGUUUGAUCCAUUGCCUCCUGGUGCUUUUGGCGCCCCUAUAGAGCAGCAGAAGCGAUUGGGCCAUCCUUUUGAGAGUAAACUUUUUGAGCGACAUGAUGCCAGAUCAAGCAAAACUGCAGCUAGGGCUCUUCAAGAAUAUCAGUUUCUUCAAGAUCAACCGAAUCUCAGAUCUGAUUCUUAUGGACAAGGUGCUCAAUCUCAUCAUCAUGAUUCACCACUUGAUGGUCCACGGGCUAGAGCUUCAUCAAUUGGACUUGCAAAUGAACCACAGUCCAAGGUUCAUGGUGCCCAUGUUCAUGUAUCACGUGUUCGUGUUUUAUCUCAACAAGAGAAGGCAGGACAUAUCUCUUCAUCUGCUCAUGGCAGUGAUGGCAUUCCAGCAGAGAUGGAGCCCUUUGUAAACAAUAGAAUACAUGCUUCACCAAGCACUCGCCCUACUUCGGGACCUGAAGAUCCAUAUGUAUUGUCUAAUGGGCAAAAUUUAAAUAGUGAUCAUGAUUUGCGGAUAGAUAGGAAACGCAAGAGUGAUGAAGCCAGAAUUGCAAGGGAAGCUGAAGCUCAAGAGAAUCGGAUUCGGAGAGAGCUUGAGAAACUAGAUAAUCAGAGGCGAAAGAAUGAAGAACGAAUAAAAAAAGAAAUGGAGAGACAUGAACGUGAAAGGCGGAAGGAAGAAGAGAAGCUAUUGCGUGAGAAGCAGAGAGAGGAGGAGAGGUCACAGCGAGAGCAAAAACGUGAAAUUGAAAGAAGAGAAAAGUUUUUGCAAAGAGAAAUUCUAAAAGCUGAGAAGAGGAGGCAAAAAGAAGAGCUUCGCAGAGAGAAAGAGGCAGUGAGACGCAAGAUUGCCAUUGAGAAGGCAACUGCCCGCAGAAUUGCUAAAGAAUCUAUGGAUCUAAUUGAAGAUGAACAGCUAGAACUCAUGGAAUUGGCUGCUGCAAGCAAGGGAAUAGCAUCAAUAAUACAACUUGACCAUGAUACCUUGCAAAACCUGGAGUUUUUUAGGGAUUCCUUGUGCAUGUUCCCGCCUCAAUCUGUGCAGCUAAAAAGACCAUUUGCCAUUCAGCCCUGGAGUGAUUCUGAGGAGAAUGUUGGGAACCUUCUCAUGGUCUGGAGAUUUUUGAUUACUUUCACGGACAUACUUGGACUUUGGCCUUUUACACUUGAUGAGUUUGUUCAAUCUUUUCAUGACUAUGACUCGAGAUUGUUGGGUGAGAUACAUGUUACUCUUCUGAAAUCGAUAAUAAAAGACAUUGAAGAUGUUGCAAGAACACCUACUGGAGUAGGAGCAAAUCAAUAUUGCUCUGCCAAUCCUGAAGGAGGACAUCCUCAGAUUGUUGAAGGGGCAUAUGAGUGGGGCUUUGACAUACGUAAUUGGCAGAGGCACUUAAACCCAUUAACAUGGCCUGAAAUAUUUCGUCAAUUAGCACUAUCUGCAGGAUUUGGGCCACAGUUGAAGAGGACUGCCCAAUGGACUUACUUGUGUGACAACAAUGAGGGUAAAGCUUGUGAAGAUGUUAUUUCUACUCUACGCAGUGGUUCAGCAGCUGAAAGUGCAUUUGCAAUGAUGCGGGAAAAGGGUUUGCUGCUUCCACGAAGAUCCAGGCAUCGUUUGACACCCGGAACUGUCAAAUUUGCAGCAUUCCACGUUCUUUCCCUUGAGGGAAGCAAGGGAUUAACAGUGUUAGAACUUGCAGAUAAGAUUCAGAAAUCUGGACUCCGCGACUUGACGACUAGCAAGACGCCUGAAGCUUCAAUUUCUGUUGCUUUGACGAGGGAUGCAAAGCUUUUUGAAAGAAUAGCUCCUUCAACAUAUUGUGUACGAGCUGCUUACAGAAAGGAUCCUGCUGAUGCUGAGGCAAUACUUGCAGCAGCCAGAAAGAAGAUUAGGAUUUUUGAAAAUGGAUUCUUAGGCGGAGAAGAUGCUGAGGAUGUUGAAAGAGAUGAGGACUCUGAAUGUGAUGUUGAAGAGGAUCCCGAGGUUGAUGAUUUAGCCACUCCCUCAACCACAGCAAAAAAUAUUGACGACCAUAACAAAGUGAAAACUUGCUCACGAAGUGGAAAUGGAGAUAUCUGCAAUACUAUUACUGUAAAGGUUGACAGUGAGUUCAACAAAGAUUUCUCAUCUCUCUCGUCAAGUAGUAUCAAGAAUGCAAGCAGUCCAAAGGACACUGAACAACAUAUUGCUGGUGAGGAUGUUCGGGCUGAUAAUAUGGGACUACAGAAUGCUGAGAUUGACGAAAGCAAGCAGGGGGAAUCAUGGGUUCAGGGCCUUGCAGAAGGGGAUUAUUCACAUCUCUCUGUUGAGGAGCGCCUCAAUGCCCUUGUUGCCUUAAUUGGUGUUGCCAAUGAAGGGAACUCAAUUCGUGCUGUUCUUGAGGAUCGCUUGGAAGCAGCAAAUGCUCUUAAAAAGCAAAUGUGGGCCGAGGCACAAGUAGAUAAGAGCCGUUCAAAAGAGGAGAGCUUAAUUAGAAUAGAUUAUCCAUCUGUUAUGGGAAGCAAAGCUGAAACAGUUCUUAGUAAUUCCAUACUAGAGGGUAGCCAGAGCCCAUUGCUUAUGGUUGAUAAUAGAACCAAAGAGGCAUCUUCCAACAUAGCAGAAGAUCAAAAGCCUUCACAGACUGCUCUGAUUCAGCUUCAGAACUCUUCCAAUGAAAGGACCUUAGUUGCUCAAGAUGCUUUAGCAGGUCAGGAUAUUGUCUCAAAUCAGCAACAUGGAUGUACCUCAAAACGAUCAAGAUCACAACUGAAAUCUUACAUUGCCCACAGAGCUGAAGAAAUGUAUGUAUAUAGGUCCUUGCCUCUUGGUCAAGAUCGGAGACGCAAUCGCUACUGGCAGUUUGCGGCAUCUGCCUCAAGAAAUGAUCCUUGUUCUGGACGGAUAUUUGUUGAAUUACAUGAUGGAAACUGGAGACUUAUUGAUAAUGAACAGGCCUUUGAAGCUCUUCUUUCUUCUUUGGAUACACGAGGGGUUAGAGAAUCCCAUUUGUGCAUAAUGUUGCAAAAGAUUGAGACGGCGUUUAAAGAAAAUAUUCGGAGAAACUUGCUGCCUGCCAGCACUGUGACUUCAAGUGGAGCCAUCAUGAAGAGUGAAGCCUUGGAUUUGGAUUCUAGUCCUGACUGCCCUGCUGCUGCUGACAGUCCGAGCAGUGCAAUUUGUACUUUUAACCCUGAUACAUUGCAGACUUCAUCGUCUUUCAAUGUUGAGCUUGGGAGAAAUGAAAGUGAGAAGAAGAGUGCUAUGAAGAGAUACCAAGAUUUUCAGAGGUGGAUCUGGUCGGAAUGCUACAAUUCACUCCCUUUGUAUGCUAGAAAAUUUGGGAAGAAAAGAUGCAUGCAAUUGUUGGUCACUUGUGAAUUGUGUCUCGACUCAUAUCUUCUUGAAGACAGUCACUGCCUCCCUUGCCACCAGACGUUCAGCACAGGCAAUAACAAGUUCAAGUUAUCAGAGCAUGAGACUCAAUGUGAAAAGAGGAGAAAGUUAGACCCCAAGGAUUCGGAUAUGAUGGAUUCUUCUUCCCCCCUUGGAAUCAGAUUGCUCAAGUCCUUGCUUGCUUUCAUGGAGGCAACUGUCCACCAGAGAUGGAGUGGUGAAAAGUUCAGGAUGAUGCCUCCGGAAGGCGCUGAUGAUAGCAGUAACAGCAUGGAAGCAGGAGAAUCUGAUGACAAUGCACAAGCAGCAGAAUAUGAGCAAGGUAAUUGGGAGGGGGGUUAUGAUGGUGCCUCCAGUGCAUGGGAUGGAGAUCUAAUGGAAGGAAGUGAAGGUGACGAUGAUGACGCCGGCGAUAAUGAUGAUGCUUCUGGGGAUGAUAAUGGCAUUGAAGACGUGGGAGAUGAAGAUUUAGAAGAUGAUGUAGAAACUAGUGAAGGCUCCGAUGGAAUGGCAAAUAAAAUGGGGAAUGAUUCUGGGGAAUCAGAAGAUUCAGAAGAUUAUAGUGAUUGAAAUUGGGGAUAUUCACAGGAUUUCUGAUUCAUAAGCUGCAUGAUGUUUUUGACGUGCAGUUUCUCAAGUGAUGGGUAUAGGGGCAAAAAGGAGGAUGGUGUGGCCCCUUUUCACUUUUACAGGAUACAGGUAGCUGGAGAAGAAUUUGAAACUAAAAUAGAUAUGCAGAGUUAGUUCAUCAUUACAGGUGAUUGAUUUAAACAGAGGCUUUUAUUGGAUUAUCCUUAGAUUAUGCCCCUUUUUUGUGAAAAAAGAAAUUUAUUAUGAAUAAAGUAACAGCUGUAGUUCAUGAGAAUCUAAAGUCUGGGUUUUUUUUAUUCUGCAGUUCUAUGAAA